AUGGCGGACAUCAGCGACGCCGAGCUCCGCGAAAUCUACGACUUUGCUGUCCAAUUGGGCAAGGAGGCCGGGGACCUGCUCAUGACGGCGGCCAAGUCGAGAUGGGGAACCGGAGGCCAGCAGCAGGCCUUCACAGAGAAGGACAACUCGGUCGACCUGGUGACCAAGACAGACACAGAGGUUGAAGCCUUCAUCCGCACAUCUGUCGCAAACAAGUACCCUAGCCACAACUUCCUCGGCGAAGAAACGUACUCGGCCGGCGCAUCCCGCGACUACCUCGUCGACGACAGCCCGACAUGGAUCGUUGACCCCUCGACGGCACCGUCAACUUCACCCACCUCUUCCCCAUUAAAAGGGAAGCCCGUCAUCGGCGUCAUUAACGCCCCCUUUCUGAACCAGACAUUCUCCUCGUGCAAGGGGCACGGCGCGUGGAUGAACGAGACGCAGAGGCUGCCCCUCGUCCUGAGCCCGCUGCCGGCCAACGCGCCCAGCGGAUGCGUCUUCUCGUGCGAGUGGGGCAAGGAUCGCCGGGACACGCCCGACGGCAACAUGCAUCGAAAGGUCGAGAGCUUCAUGAACAUGGCUGCUGAGCGUGGGGGAAGAGGCGGAAAGGGCGGCAUGGUGCACGGUAUGAGGAGCUUGGGAAGUGCGACUUUGGAUCUGGCAUACACAGCAAUGGGGUCGUUCGACAUCUGGUGGGAAGGCGGGUGCUGGGAGUGGGACGUCGCCGCAGGAUUCGCCAUCCUCGAGGAGGCCGGAGGGUUGGUGACGGUGGCGAACCCGCCCGAAGAUACGAGCAUUAUCCCCGAGGCGAAGCUAGGCGGCAGACUUUACCUGGCCAUCCGACCCGCGGCACCAACCGAGACGGAGACGGGACGCCAAGCACAGGAGAGAGUCGUGCGGGAGACGUGGAAGCGAGUGAGACACCUGGAAUACUCGAGACCCGGAGCGUAG